GUCAAGAGUCAAGACCGUUCAGGAGUGCUUCCUGGACAUGCGAACGUCGCCAUGCCGAGCCACGUGUUGGCCGCCAACCGUUUUGCGGCGCUGCGCUCGGACUCUGAAGAAGAGGGCGAAGAUGGAGAAGCUAAGCCUAGGCGGAAAGUAAAGAAAGGCAUCAAAAGAAAAGCUGGAAAGUUGAAGUCGAAACAAGAGGCUUUGACGCCCGAAGACCCGGUGCUUGGAGCAACAGACGCUGAAGCUGAUGCAGCCGGAGCCUUUGACCCUUCGGCUGGUACCGCACAGCUGCGAAGGAAACGGAAGCGCCGGCCCAGUGCAACGGCAGAGAGGUUGUCGGAAGGAACUGCCACUGCUCGGUCGGAGAUGACCGAGGAAGCCCGAGUGGACACCAAGCACGAUCCAGGGACCCUGCUUCCACUGGGCGCCACCAAGACACUGCCCGGCGGUGUAGUCAUCAAGGUCCUGCGUGCAGCACCCUUCGGUGCCCCAGUGGCACUGAAAGGCUCCGAAGUGCGGCUCAUCUACGAGGGGCGAUUGGCCAAGAACCAGCGGCGCUUUGACAAUGGGGAGAUUGACUUCUUGCUGGGCGAUGGCACCAUGCUACCGGGCUUCGUUCAAGGGGUCACUGGCAUGGGUGUGGGCGAACGGCGCUUGAUCCAAAUCCCUUGGAAACUGGGCUACGGGAAGAAGGGGAAGAAGCCGAAGAUCCCUCCCAUGAGCGACUUGGACUUCGAUGCCUCGCUCACCUUCUGCGGCAUCGACUGGAAAGAGCGCUCCAAGAAGUCGGAGAUGUCCAACAAGCGCCGGGAGGCAGCGAAGCGCCGUGGCAAAAAGCCCAGAGCAACCUGACGUGGAAAAAGA